AUGUCUCUAACACCAUCUGAUCUAAAAAAUCAAGGAAAUCAAUAUUAUUCUAAUCAACAAUCAUCAUUAGCCAUUCAAUCUUAUUCUCAAGCCAUUCAACUUAUUGAAAACAAUUCACACGAUGAUGUUCCUUUGUAUUUGUUAUAUUCCAAUCGAUCAGCUGCUCAUAUUCAAGAAAAAGACUUCUAUAAUGGAUACGAAGAUGCCAAACAAUCAUUAAACUUGCAGAGAAACAAAAAUGCGAAAGGAUUCUAUCGAUUAUCUGUUUGUUCAUAUCAUCUUGGAUAUGUGGAUGAAGCGAAGAGAUUAAUUCGAGAAGCAAUUGAUGAACACAAACAGAAUGUUGAUGAUUACAAUCAACUGAAAUUGAUAAUUGAAAAGAAAGAAAAAUGUAUGAAGAAAUGGAGAAAACCAACAUUAACAGUAAAGAAAAGUCUCAAUAUGUUGAAAUCGAUCAUCGAUAAACAAGGAAAAUAUUGUCAUGAAAUUCCCUCUAUUCUUUAUCAGAUUCAAUACAUAUUUCGAGCUUAUUUUGACAAAAGCAAAGAUCAACACCUGAUGAAUAUUGAUCACGAAGAAGUUGGUUCGAAAUUGCAGAAAUUAGCAAUGAAAUUCAAUUCAAAGUUCAACGUACCAAAAAUCCUUCGAAAUAAUCCAAUCUUCGAAGAUUUAAUUUUAAAUGAAAUGCCUGAUGUUGGUUCAGUACGCAAAGCGUUCAUCGCACAAAUGAACUUACCCGAUGAUGAACAAGACAAAGGUUUACUCGAAAAAGCACUCGAAGAUGUCGCUGCCAACGAAUUUUCUCUUUUCAUCAACAAUGUCUUAGUUUCAUUAAUCAUGAAUUCAUCUGAUGAAAAUCUCUCCUUACGUGCAUUGAAACAAGUUUAUCGUCUAACCAACAAUGAUUUGUAUCGUUACUCAUUAGGUGAUUCUUUGUCCGAUGCAAUGGAAACAUACAUUCAUUCUCAUCCAUACAAAGAUCUUUUUCUCGAUGAAUUAAUACUGAACAAGGGAAUUGAAAUCUUCUUUUACGAUUAUCUUGAAGCGCCAUCGAAAACAUGUGCGGCAAAUACAAUUCGAAAUCUCACGAUUGAUCAAUGGAAACAACAAUCAGCCAAAACAAUCGAUUUCGUAUUGACAAAAAUCAGCAAAAAGAUUGACGACGAAGAUAUCCAGCUGAUCGAACCGGAGAGAUCGUCAUGGUUUGAAGUUGGUUUACGAGAAUUGUUUGGUAUGGAUCACACCGAACGGAAGGAUGAUUUUCAUCUGAUUGUUAAUGUUUUGACGAAGAUUUAUUUGGCUUUUGGACGAAAACCGUUUCUCGAUCGAUCUUCAGUUGAUGCGUUGUAUUUAUUUAUUGAACAAAAUUGGUUUCGACAGUUUGAUUAUGAUCAAAAUCAAUCCAAUGUUCGAUUCUUGUUAAAGGGUUGGACUUCAAUGUUAAAGAAAUGGUUGAAAUUUGAUUAUUCAGAUCGUCGACAAUAUAUCGAACAAAUCAAUCAAGAUUCAGAUUAG